CUACACAUAUGUUUUGUGACGUCAUUACCGUCAACAACAUCAACAAACUGGCUGAAAUCAAAGCAUAAAAGAGAACGUUUUCUGCGUAGUGUGUCAUAACAUAUCGCUACAGAUCGAUUAUUGGAAAUAUUACUUAUGCCAUUUUUAGGAAAAGAUUGGCGUUCCCCUGGUGAAGCCUGGGUAAAAACUUCAGAAGGCUGGGAGAGAAAGAAAAUAUUGGAAUAUAAGAGCAAUCAUGGUCAACAAAGGUAUAGCAGAAAUAAAAAUGCCUUUCAUGAGAAGAAGCGAGAUACAAAUAGUUCUGAAUAUCAAUUUGGUAGUUCCAAUAUUGGCUUCAUUAAUAAUUCAGUCAUGAAUGAAUGCCAACCUCACUGCCAGAUUACUUUAAAGAAUACCAAAGAAGUCAUUGGCUUUAAUAAUAUAGGAGAAGCUAUUCAGAAACUUGAUUUUAGAAAUGCUGUUCAUGAUAUCAGGAGGUUUAACUAUAUUUGUAAACUAUUGCAUUUACUGAUAACUCAAAAUCUCACAACGCUUAGCGGCCGUGCUACUCAAGUUCUCUUUGCUGUGCUGGAAGAAGUGGCUCAACAAGUUGCCAGCAACCAGCAAAAUUUGCACAUUCUUCACAUGCUGCUAAAUGAUCUGAGGCGAAUUAUCAGGAAAUAUUAUUGCUGGGGUCGCCCUCUUGGCAGCACACUUCUUUGGGAGCAGCACUUAAAGACUAUUGACAGGAUUUGUCAAUUUGCUAGUGAUAUACAAAUUAAAGAGCCCAUCGACGAUGGCACAUACAGGUUGACAGACAUGCCGGCCGCCAUCUUGCGUGAAAUUUUACUCAGACUAAGUGAUUACAAAGAUUUGAUGAACUCAGCUCAAGCCUGUGAUGAUAUGAAAUUCUUAAUGGACGAGACGCACAUCUGGAAGCAGCUCUGCAAGUUCCACUUCACGAAGGAACAAAUAGACCUUUUCUUUGAAACGAACAAGAUCGAAUCUGCUAACUCCAAAAUCGACUGGCAUGUCGUGUUCCGCCAACUACGCAGAAAGCAUGGCCUGAAAGAAGAAUAUACCGAGAGCUUAUUUUUGUGUCGACAUUGCCGGUGCUUGUUCUGGAAGUCUUUCGGCCACCCUUGUGUUGAUCUCCGGCGCAGUAUUCCUAGUGGUAUGGAGUGCAUGGACGAAAACAACGGCAGCCUCGCUAAUACCUCCCCACUCUACAUUCCUGUACCACCCCAAGCUUUUCUCAGUUUCUUCUCAUUGUGAUAACAGAUCUGGAAAAUGAGUCUCCGAUACUUUUCUCUGAUAUAUAUAUAUCUGUAUAUACUGCUUCUUCUCCCGAGUGUUGUUCGUGGACUUGUACUCGUACUGUGUUCAGUAUCUUUUGGUGCGACUCCCCCCGCUGGUCGGUGGGGUGUACAGUCAGUCAGCCCUGUCAUGUGAUCUAACGCAGUUAUAUUCGAACUCUAGUAUUUUUAUAUGACAUUUGGUGAUUUAAGGAAAAAAAAUAUCGAGUCUUUUAAAUGUGCCUGUGCAUUUUAUUAUUUUUAAUUUUUUUUUAUUUGUGCAGUCAUUGUCAAGUCUUUAAGGUUUGUUAUAUUUUAUAGUUUUAUAGCUUAUGUUUCUGUGUGCUUUUUUUUUAUAUAACAAAGUUUUAACUAGCUGCUGUUGUGUUUUUUAAUACCAUUGGAUUAUUUUAUUAAUCAGGUUGUUCUAUUACAUGUUAAAUGUUUGUGUAGCAUAAGUGUUUAAGGUGUAUGGUGUGAUUUUAUGUGUUUAUUCCUCCAUAUCUUUAUCCGGUGAUAAAUAAAUAUAUGUAAAUGUCA